CACAGUUAGUGUGAGUGGUGUAAUGGAAAUUGGAAGAAUCAGAAGUGGUUCUUUUUCAUACAAGCCUUACGAUUGGUCCCCAAAGCACUACCUGGAGCGGGGCAUUAAUAAGCUCACAAUUAUCUUUGAAGGUAUCUAUCUUGAGUCCCGGGAGAAUGGAGGGAGGAGAUUGAUGUGUUUGUUGGGGAAUGCAACCAUUCCAGAGGAUUCUACUCAGAAACUAGAUUCGUGUGACCAUGGAGAUCUGCAGAGUCCAUGCCAGCCAAAAGUCAACAACCUGCCCUCCACCUUGCAGGAUGAUCAGAUCAUUCUUGUUCUUGAGUAUCCCAAGACCUUCACUUUGACCAGCAGAGGCAUCUCUGGAGAAUUGAAAAGCUUAAACCAGAGGGGAAAACCAGCAUACUUUGAUAAAGUUCACAUAUCCUCCCAGCCAGGGGAUGGAUCGAAGUACAGGUUUGGAUCUGAAAAACUUGUGGCAAGGGCCUGCAGUCCUUAUCCUUAUCCUGAUUCUUUGAUCAAUCAAGAUGUUCAAGAUGUUGAGAUGUUUAAAGGACAUGAUUUCUGUGAGGACUUGAGGCAAUUUGUUUGGAACGAAGUGUUUGAAUUUGCAUCCACCUGGAAAAAUGUUGUCAGAAUUACUAAUGGUAGCAGCAAGAUUGGCCCUUUCUUACUUGGCAAUGAGAUAGAAGCUAGUUAUAAUAGUUCUGACAAACUCAGGCUUAUGAUUCAGGAAUUAGUCUGCGAGCCUGGCACUGAUCAAGAGGGGUUCCAGACCGCAAUGGUAUCUGCUGUUUUCAGAGUGAUACAGAAAUCAGAAUACCUCUAUAGGGAAGAAGAGAAAAGAACAGGGCUUUCCACCAUGACACUUUCUUCAGAGGGAAGGUGGCAUUCUUCUCAUGGGCAGCUCUGCAUGGUUGGUUGCAUUGGACCUGCUGGUUAUCUUUCAGAUAGCUGCAAGUCUCGGAUCACUCUAUACUUCCCUCUUACUUUUUCUAUCAAGCAACACAGUAGAGUGGUGGGUACCAUAAGCAGCAUCAAUCCAGCAGAUGGACAUGCUUCUCUUAUGUUUCAGAAGUUGACUACUCCCAUUGAGUUUACGAGUACGCACCCGAGGGACAAUCACUUUAAAUGGUCAUACACCUACACGAAGCUAAAGCAGGCAAGGGAGUUCCAGAGUAGAAGCCAGCCUUCCAAUUGGGAAAGAAUUUUGAGGAAUUCAAUUCUCCAAUAUCCAACAUCUAAGGGCGAAGAUAUUGCCAGUUUCUCUUUCCUAACUGAUGUUCUGUCAAUUGAAGUCCGGGCUGCUCCACAGACUUUGACAAACAGCCAGGCUCCGAAGACUAAUGUCAAAAUGGUGCUUCUGUCCAUAGGUUCAUUGUUCGGACGCUAUGAUCCACACUCGUAUCAAGAAAAUCCUGAAGCUGAAAAGGCCUUCCAUUCCAUUUCUGAAGAAAUUGAAGUCUCAGGGCAUCUCAAAGUUGAAGGUGGUCAAUUUUCUAAUGUUUCUCUUUUCUUUGAGGGGAUAUAUGAUCCAACCCUCGGACAGAUGUAUCUGAUCGGCUGCAGGGAUGUACUACAGUUUCAAGGCUUCAAUAAUGAUGACAGAGACCUUGAAGGAGGGAUGGACUGCUCAAUUGAAAUCAAAGUGGAAUAUUCUGCAAAAAACGCCAGGUGGUUAUUGAAUCCCAAUAUCAAGUUUUCAAUCAACAGCCAAAGAACUAAAGAAGAUUCACUUUAUCUCUCUCCAAUAAGCAGUAACACCUUUCUGCUUUCCUAUAGCAAGAAGUUUGAUUUUUUAAUGGUACGGAAAGGCUUCGAGGAGGGGCUUCGUGUCCUGUUGCUUGUGAUGGCAAUUCUCUGUAUUCAUGGCCAAUUACGUUACACUGAGAAUCAGGGACACACCACGGCUUAUAUAUCAUUGGUCAUGCUUGGACUCCAUGCUCUUGGUUUCAGCAUCCCAUUGAUCACAGGUGAUGAAGUGCUGCUCAGAUGGAAAGAAUUCGCACCAUACAAAAGCUCAGCAUAUGAUCAAUUUCAGAACUUUCAUAUAUUUCAAUCUCUUGACCUUUUCAUCAAGUUUCUAAUGUUGAUUGCACUUCUGGAAACCGCAAAGCUUCUGCAGAGAGUCUGGGAAUCGCGAAAGCUACGGAAAGAAUAUAUGGAAUUCCAUUACUAUUGCAGUCAGAAAACAGUGUUGCAAGUGCUAACAUCAGAAGGCUGCAAAGAUGGUGGACAGAGUUGGAAAACUAUGGCGGGCUAGUUCAAGAUUGCUUCUUGCUACCACAAAUCAUUGGAAAUGCUGUAUGGGGAGUCCAAGGUAAGCCUCUCAGAAAACUGUACUACUUGGGAUUCA